CUACAGCUUGGACAGGUAUAGAGGACACAGAGAAAAGCAAAGGAGAAGUUGGACUGUGUUUUCCGUCAUAGCGUUCAAGAAGGGAUGCUGUGAAACCAACUGGCAAAGUGAUGGAGAUGGAAGGCAGGCAUGCACGGUUAGCAAGGAUGGACGAACAAGACAGAAUAAGCCAAGCAUCCAGCGUGGCCACAAUCUCCUACUUCCCUGUCAUAAGGGAAAGUGAUGGAAAGGUGCAAACGUUUGGAAAAAGAUGCCAGUCGGCCAAGAGAGACCCCAAUUGUCUUGUGGUCAUCAGAGGAUGGCUCAACAAAAAAGACAGUGCUGGCUUGAAAUUAUGGAAGAGAAGAUGGUUUGUCCUCUCCAAUUACUGCUUGUUUUACUACAAAGACAGCAGAGAAGAAUUGGUGUUGGGUAGCAUUCCUCUACCAAGUUAUAAAAUCUUAUUUUGCACACCUCGAGAAUGCAAAAACAGGAAGUUCACCUUCAAGGUGGUGCACCAGGGAAUGCGUUCGUAUUACUUCAGUGCAGACACUCAGGAGGACAUGCUGGGUUGGGUGCGAGCGCUCAGUCACUCGGCUUCCAUGGAGACAGACAAUUCUAUAAGCAGACGCUGCUCGAGUUACCAAGAUUUCACUCAAAUGGGUGGCAGCAGCGAAUCAGUGGAUCUGCCCAAGUCCUCCUCAGAUGGAGAGGGCUUGUCCCAAAAUCCCAGACACGUCAGCAGAACCUUGAUUGAACCAAGCCAACUCAGAGGAGGCCAUAUCGGGACGUCUAGCAUGGAGCAGAGAGGAAGGAGGAGUGGACAUCAAAAGAACAGAAGUCCUUCAGCGAGAACUCCAAGCCCAUGGGGUCCAAAUCGGGAGGGGGAUUUCCUCCCCUUCAGCUUAGACCACAUCGCAUCACCGACACAAGCAGAAAACGUAGUAACAACCUCCAAAGGUCAGCUGGGGUCACGCCCUCACACACCGGUGGGAAGGGUUGACAUUCGACCACAGGAUGACCCGGUCACGGUGCCGGACACGCUGUACUACACACCUGUCUCGCCUAAGAUGGAGUUGAAAUCAAAUUCCAGCACUCCAAUCACAGAGAGGCGGCAACAUAUAAAAAAGCCUACACCUACAUACGGAUCUGUGCAUCAUGCCCCCAAUGGGCGAAGACCUCUUGGAAAGAGCUACUCUACAGGGGACCACAAAGACCUGUUGCCCCCUUUGCCACCCUCAUCCAGGGCUGCACACGUACACCACCCACUUCACCAUCACCACCGUCCCUCCAGUGUACCAACAGUGCACGUGGUACAGCCAAAUAAUGAUGCACUGAUGAUCCUACAGCCACCGAAGUUUGAACCAAUACCAUCAAUGAGGCUGAUUGAAAGUGAUGCUGAUGCUGUGCUAACAAGGUUGUGUGGCUGCGACAAGCUUCUACAGUCUUUGUCCUUAGAACUGUCUCAUCUACAAAUGGACAAGGACAGUGUUCAGUGUGCUUUGGAGGUGUUGAGGCUGCAGCUGGAGGACUGGAACAGCCAAGGACCACGAGCGCAGGAGGAGGCCCGGACCCAGAAAGCCUUGCUACAGGAAGAGCUGGUCACAAUACGGGCCAGAAUGUGUGAUGUAUCAUUGGAAAUGGAGCGGGUGUGGACUCAGUAUGAGAGAAUGGAAAGUGAACUUUCUGUGUUUCGCUCACACCUGCAGCACAUUUGUAACUUUGGAAUGCCACAGGAGCAGUGCCAAGCCCAGAGAGAGUUAUGGAUGAUGGAGGACAUCCUCGCCGGGUUAAAGGUCAACAGGGAUCACUUCCACUUCCUUCUAGGACUCCAGAGACACCACAUGUUUGAAACCUCAGGGCCUCAUCCUGGAUCUCCUGGUUCUCCCAAAGCGAUGCCUCAUGGUCUGCCAAUAAAUGUGGAAGAACAACCACCGGUCCGCCCUCCUCUACCACAGGAGCUCCAGGAAAGUAUCCAGAUCAGGAACCAGAACCGUGGCAGUACCGAGUCAUCAUAUGAGGGGAUCUACUCACUCACUGAUCACAAAAGAGGCAAAUGCCAACCUGACCUUCUGAAAGCGAAAUUACACAAAGAUGCAACUGCAUCUCAGUCAAAUACUAAGUGGAUCACAGCAGAUGCAGCAGGCCAGUCAACCAAGAAGAUGAAGAUGAGCGAGGAGGAGCAGAUGGAGAGGAUGAAGAGGAAUCAGGAGAGGAUGACGAAUAGGAAGAAACCUCCCAUACCCUCAGCAGCUGCAAAGAGCCAAAGUCAAAGUUUGGAAACACAAGUGGAGGACCCCUUUCCUUUAAGGAUGACACGAGUCGUCACGGCUGUGCUGCCGUCCUCCCUUGUGGCUCGACGGGUUUCCUUGGAGGAUUCCCCGCCUGAGCUCAGCCCACUGCUGCCUGACCAGGUGUCACCUGAGUUCCACAGCAAAAAAAAAACCAGACCAUCCAGCAGGCCCACCCAGGCACACCCGGAAAGUGCUGAUCAAACCUCACAGUGUCUUAUGAUGAAGGCAGGGAGACUGGUAUCUGGAAGCACCAAGCUGGAUUCUGCUGCUUCUAUGGAGAACUCAAGGGUGCAUCUUGGUGGGCCAGGAGAUGGAAGUAUUCGCUGUGAAAUCAAGGCAGAUGAACAGACCUCUGCCCUCCUGACCUCUGACAUGGCCCCUGACCUCUGUAUGACCCCAGAGCAAAGCAAAGCCAAACUCAAGCGUGCUGAAAGAGUAGGCCAGCGAGUCACACAUAGUGCAGUCAGAGAGAGUGACACAUCACCAAUCAAGGGGGUGGAGCUUCUCCAUGACACCCAUGACACAUCUGGAAAACAAACCUCAACAUCAGAUCAUAAUUCUAAUUGCCAUUUGAAGACCUUCAGAAGUUCCUUGCGUUAUGUUCCUUCAGACCCUACAUCUCAAAAUGAAGAUACACAGAAUGCACAUGUUGACAAGGCAAACCGUCCAUCAAAGUUUGGGAGCAGAACACAAAACAAAAAUCACACUCGUAGGGCCGGAGUUGCCACCAAAAUCAAACGGCCACCAUCUCCACAUCACAUCACGUCUAUGACGGUCUACCAAACAGAUGGAGGUAAGGAAUUUAUAAGCUACAAGGAUGGAGAACAGCAAGAGACUCAUGAACUUGAUGAUGGUGGUGACGAUGAAGAAUGGAGUAUUUCAUCAUCUGAUUUAAGAUCCAAGUGGUUCCUUUCCACCAACCACCGUCAUGAAUUCCUACCUUUGCACAUCCCUGACAUUGACAUCUGCUCUGAAGGGACGCCAGGUAAGGAGGACCAACCCGUUUGUCUUGAUGAUGGCAACUUGAUGUCCUCCACAGUCAGUCAGAGCUUAGAGAAAAUGAAAGAAAACCACUCGCUGUUCUAUAAGAUCGCUUGUGACAUCAGCAUUUCGGACACGGACAUCACCAAGAAUGAUUCCUGCAUAUCGCCUCGGCUGGGAAAUGAAGAAGAGCUUUUCAUCACAGAAUGCAUGGUUGAAAGAACAUCUGAUCAGGAGAGAAAGGACCUCAGCCAAGUGUUGCCAGAUGAAAACAGUCGCUCAAAUGAGGAAAAAGUGACCACAGAGAAUGUACUCAAGCUGAACAUUAAAGACACUAGAUCUCCUGAUCAGACCUUGGACUGUGGCAGCGAGGCGAACGGUGGCACCAAAGAGCCAGAGGAAAGUGGUGAGGCGAACCAGGAGACGAACAACGGUGUCAGUCGGAGCGCCUCUUUCCAAAAGGCAAAGGUGACUGUUUUAAGGACCAGUUUGUAGAAGGAGAUGGAUUGAUCUGUUUAUGGGAAUGCAGGACGACAAUUCAAACUGGAUCACAGGAAGAUAAGGUACAUUGUCAGGAAUCCGGAGACUGAAGGUGUUCAUUCCUAUAAAAUCGAUUGGUGCUGGUGAUACGUAGUAUGUAUGCAUUGCUACUAUUCCUCUGACUGGUGGUUGACCAAAUCCAGGUCCACUGUAGGAUGUCCGAACAGAACAAACCAACUGUCACUUUCUCUCUCAAUUGUUCAAAUACCACACGAUCACGCUCUUCUAUCAACACACUAGGUGGAUGAAUCAGUGUGGUUCUGCAAUUAUAUAGAUACAAAGUAAAUAGAUGCCCUCUUAGGCCCUGUCCAAAUUCCACAUCCACACUGUGCCAGAUUAGUAAAUAGUUGCAAGGCAGAAUGAUGGGUGGCGCUGUGAACAAACACACACGGAACUAUGUGACUAGAGAAGAAGAAAGACCACAUGCGCAAGUAUGUCUUUUUCCAAGGAUCAUCUAGACUUGAGUGGAAAAACUUCUGCGAGUCAUUAUGGAGUACUAGACAACAAAAUAUCAGAAUGUCAACUAGGGUGAGUCAUGUCCAUUGAAACAUUCAGGCAAUAUGUUGGCUUGUUGUCAAAGCACACUUCUGGUCAUGUGACGGCAACGAGGUAGCGUCAUUUUCAGAUUUUCCCACUCUGGUUGGUUUUCAAAAACUACCAUUUCAGGGCACUAAAAACUCCACUCAUGAGACAAAGUGAGGGGUAAGUCACCAUUGAUGGACUACACUGCUGAUGGGGAUGUCAUACAACUUCAUGUCCAAACAUUCAAACCAUCCCUUUAACUUGAUUGCUGGCUGAAACAUAUUCAUAUCCAUAUCGAACCGCGGCCUUCAAAAGUUUGACACGUUCAUUCUGGAAAAAUAAACAUAUUGAUCCGUCCAAUCGCUUUUAAAUGUUCGCUUUUCUCAAUCAACUUUUCUUACUUUCUCACUCCUCGGGAAGUAAAGCAAUUUAAUUGGCUCAUUUUGAGUGACGUCACCACGUUUACUGUCAUUACACCAAGUCAUUAGGCCCGCCUUCUGCCACUGCAAUCUGUCUGCUAGCAUGAUUAUAUGUUAUUAUUAUUAUUAUUAUAUUACAGUUCACAUUCACUUUAAUUGGUCAUGGGUCCAUAAAGGACCAUUACUGGGUCUGUAUCCGGACCAAGGGCCGCUAUUUGGCGAUGGCUGACAUAGAUAAUGCAGACUCGGAGGGGGGUUAUACGUAUGGUCUACAGUUCAGUCUGCUAUAGGCUGGCCUUUUUUACAAUUCCUGUCCAUUAACGCCACUUCAUAUACAGAACUGCUUUGUUUUAGUCCGCCAGAUAAAUAUUGUUUUUUGUGUUAGCUGGUACAAUAGCUUGGUUAAUAUACAAGUCACUAGCCAUGUUUACAUGAGGAGUUUUUCUCUUUCCGAAUGGAAUCUUUCCGAAUGACCUUUCCGAAAGCAAUGGUAUACAUGGAAAGGAAUAUUCCAAUGGCGUGUCUACAUGCGCCGCUAUAAUCAACCAGAAUAGUCAAUGGGGCAUGCCCAGUAAAGCGUAAACACCAACAUCACGUGAUAACGACUUCCUCCAGUUUUUCUUUCACUUGUUGGAAUAACUCCGUAUUGCCAGUUUUUCCUUCGUCCAGUCUUGAAAUUUAGUUUGAAUCAAAAACAAAGCAGUCCAGUGACGAUUGCUCGCCUCCAUUUUUUUAAAUCGAAGAACGUCUCAAACUGCGUGUUACGUCAUAGCUCAGCAUUCGCUGAAAGAACGCACCCGGGAACAGGAAAAGAUAAAGUUCAAUCUUGCUAUUAUUUUAUAAUUAAGCUCGGCACAUGUUUUAUAUAGAUAUGUAUUUUCUUUUUUAAUAAAACUGGACUUGUGAAUGGCGUAUAGAAGGGUUUAGAUUCUGUUCCACAGAUGGCGCUAAUGCACACCAAAGAUGCUUGCCAACCGCCAAUAAACAACAGAAGAAGAAAAACACCACGAAGAAGAACGCAGUCUGACAACUUUCCGUUUGAGCGGGUACAAGAUACCUCAAUCGGAUUGGGGAAAGGAAUAUUCCACCCCUGGGAAUCCCAUUAUAUAUUCAUUCAGAUUGGCACUUUCGGAAUGAGGUGUAUACAAAGGUUACAUUCUUUACGUUUAAGCAAAUAACCACAAUGGAAUAUUUGGGUCCAUGUAUACGUGGCAAACUACUGCCGGAUUUUUUGUGAGGGCUUUGAUGUCAAAAUAGGUACAUAGGUCCCACGACGUAUAUUGUUAGCUAGCUCAUACUAACUCAUUUUCUCUCAUUACAACAAUGCACAGAAAGUGCAUUUUCCUUUAAAGCAACAAAGUAAUAGACUAUUGUACAGUACUGUAGGUUCCGCAUCUUUAAAAUUAUUUUGAAGUUUGAAGUGAUUGUGUCUUGAAGUGUACAAUGGUGUGCUUUUCUGAGUGUAAUUAGACAUCAUUUUUGGUCAACUAUCUACAUCAUACA